UGUCGUUGUUGCUCUGGGAGAGGGGACUCCUGGAAUGUGUCUCUGAAUAAAGACUAGCCGAAGGUGCGAAGUGACUAGACGGGAGCAAAGGAGGAAAACUAGGGAAUGGGAGGUGAGAGUGGCUGACACCGACCCAACGUCCGGGUUGCCGGAAGGCUGCAGCGCCCGGAGCGGUGUCGGGCAAACCGCUACCCUGGUAUUGCUGGAGCCUCUCCUGGGGACUUUUGAACAGGUGACCCGGUAGGAAGCACAACUGCUUCUGUUGGAGUGCGGUUACCUGGAGACCGCAGUCUGAAGGGACUCCUGGCAGAGAUGUCGUUACGGUGUCCUGCCUGUCUGGAUGCUUAGGAGCGCGACUCAAAAUUACACCCCUGACGACCCUGGAGAAAGAUACUGUACUCUGAAACAUUAAAUCUUGCUGAUCCGUGCUGGUCAUGUUUUCCUGAUUGCUCCAGAGUAGCAAGUAACCUCAUAUACUGUGGCCUCAUGAAUAGGAAUGUCUGCCCAUAUGUCAGGAUUGGAAAUAAUGGAUGAAGAUCAAUUAAUCAAAGAAGUCUUGGAUAAAUUCCUUAAUUGUCAUGAGCAAACAUAUGAUGAAGAAUUUCUGAACACUUUUACUCAUCUUUCACAAGAGGAUCAUGUGUCCAAAAGGGAAGUGUUUGGAACUGAUUCUUCAGAAAACAUUUUUACCUCAGCAAAAGUUACUCAUAAAAAUGAAGCAAAUGACUACCAUCUUAGAAAUAAAACCAUCUUUCUUCGUACUUCAUCACAAUGUUUGGAAGAACAGGUAGAUAAUUUCCUAGAUUUAGAAGAUUUGGACAUGGAUGAAGAGAUUAAACCCCAAAUGAGUGAGGAUUUGCUGCUGCUUCCAGGAGAGGUGGAGCAGGAUGUAAGCACCAGCAUUCCUUCCUGUAUCCCUUUUGUGGCCCAGCCUCCUACCUGUGAAGUGAAGCCAAAGCCCACUGUAAAAAGAAUGGACAAACAGACGGAAGAGAUACUUGGAGAUGAAGUUCAGCCCUUUUCACUUGAUGAAGAAUUUGAUUAUGACAAUGUGACGCUAACCUCCAAGUUUAGUCCUGCAGAGAUAGAGACCAUCAAAGAGCUAUGCAAGCAGAAGAGAAAGGACACCAGCCCAGACUUAGAGGAAUCCUGUGACUGAUUCACAGAGGCAUUCUGUGUGUGUGUGCUUAUUUUAAUCUUGUUCUUAUUCAAGCAAUAUUAGAAUAAAAGAUAAACCUACUAUAA